AUUCUCAAUAAUUUUGAUCUUACCUGUUUAUGGGAUCAAUUUCAUUGUCAUUAUUACAAAUCCAAACUUCAUUAAACUUCCAUACAUCAAAUUUGUCUAAGCUCUCUUUUUUAUCCUCUUCUUUUUUCCUCAAUUUCUGCUCCAAGAACAUUACCCCUUUUAACAUCUUCUUUACCCCUUUUUGUAUUUAAUCAUGCAAUAAAAGUUACUUCAGAAAAAAAUGUAGAAAUCAUGACAUUUUAUUGAUUUCCCCAAAACCCCAUCUCAUUUUUUGCAUCAUUACUCAUGCUUUUGCUGCUCACUGUUCAAAAUAACAGAAAUUUUUUUCUGUUAAAGCUGAAAUAACAGAGAAAAUUCAUUGUUUUUGAUGUGGGUUUUUCUGGGUUUGAGCUAAAAUUGGGGUUUUAGUGAAGAUUAAAGAGGUUUAGGGUUGAAGAAAUUAAGAUGAAUUCGAAUCAGAAGAAGGUGGUUGUUAUAGUUGCUGUGAAAGCUACAAAAGAAAUUCCAAAAAAUGCAAUGGAAUGGGCUCUUGCUCAUGUUGUUCAACCUGAGAAUUGCAUUAAGCUUUUGGUGGUAACUUCUCCUCAAAAUUUUGGAAAAAAACUUUGGGGGCUUCAAAGGUUUACUUCUGAUUGUGCGAGUGGAGCAUGGAGAUCUCGCACAGGAACCCUUUUGGAUCAAGAGGAAGACAUUACUGACUCUUGCUCACAGUUGAUGCAUCAAUUGUGUAAAGAUCAGAAAUCAUGCAAGAUUAAUGUGAAGAUUAAAGUUCUGACCGGUUCUGUUGACGGAGUUGUGGCAGCUGAAGCCAAGAAAGAUCAAACAAACUGGGUGAUACUGGAUAAAAAGCUAAAGGAUGAGGCAAAAUUCUGUAUGGAGCAGCUUCAGUGCAAUGUUAUCAUGAUGAAAGGAUCUCAUCCCAAGGUUCUUAGAUUAAAUUUAACUGGAUCAGGUGAUGUCGAACCUGAAGUGAUGCACUCACUGUCCACCAUGUCUGAAGCGUCACGUGCUAAUGAUGCAUUAGAUUGCCUGAAUACAAUUCGGGUGCCAAAUGUGACACCCACCAGUAGUCCAGAGCAUGAUACAUCGUACACAGCAACUGAUGCUGGAACAUCAUCUAUAUCAAGCUCAGAUGCAGGGACUUCGUCUUAUUUCCUCUCAGGAACGAUUGAGGACCAAAGGAAAGCACUUUUAUCUGUUGCUAGUGAAAUUGAUAAUCUAGAGGAUUCUGAUACGGACAAUGAAUCAAUGAGUUCAACAAGUUGUUGUCAGCCAUGGAUGCUGAAUAGUCCUAUCGUCGGUAGUGACAGCUUGAAAUCUGACAUAGAUGGGUCACUUAGAACUACAGAUCAGAUACUGGCCCGUGCAUCUAUAAAUCUGCUGAAGAGAUUUUCAGUUGCUGAAAUGCAAAAUCCUAAGCAUAAACUUAAUUUAAACUCAACAAGCGUACGGGACGCUAUCUCAUUGUCCAAAAAGUCACCUGCUGAGCCACCACCACUAUGCUCAAAAUGCCAACAUAGGACACCAACGUUUGGUAAACCUCCACAGUCAUUCAAAUACGCAGAGCUAGAAAUGGCAACCAAUGGAUUUUCAGUCAAUAAUUUCUUGGCAGAAGGUGGGUAUGGUUCUGUUUAUCGUGGGGUACUACAAGACGGACAGUUAAUUGCUGUGAAACAAUAUAAAUUGGCUAGCUCUCAGGGAGAUAAGGAGUUUUGCUCUGAAGUGGAGGUUUUGAGUUGUGCCCAACAUCGUAAUGUUGUAACUCUGAUAGGCUUCUGUGUAGAAGGCGGAAGAAGGUUGUUGGUAUAUGAAUAUAUAUGCAAUAAUUCUUUGGAUUAUCAUCUUUAUGGUCGUAGCAGCAAUAUAUUAGAGUGGCCUGCGAGGCAGAAGAUUGCUGUUGGAGCUGCUCGAGGACUGAGAUACCUUCAUGAAGAAUGCCGAGUUGGCUGUAUAGUUCAUCGUGAUAUGCGACCAAACAAUAUCCUGUUAACCCAUGAUUUUGAACCAUUGGUUGGGGACUUUGGAUUAGCAAGGUGCCAGCCUGAUGGAGGUGUAGGUGAGGAAACUAGAGUUAUUGGAACAUUUGGGUAUUUGGCUCCAGAAUAUGCUCAAAGUGGUCAGAUUACAGAAAAAGCUGAUGUCUAUUCAUUUGGCAUAGUGUUAUUGGAACUUAUCACAGGACGGAAAGCUGUAGACAUAAAUCGGCCCAAGGGAGAGCAAUGCCUGACUGAAUGGGCACGGCGUGUAGUUAAAGAAGAGAAUCUCAAAAAGUUGAUUGAUCCAUGUUUGGGAAACAGCUAUGUGAAAGAGGAUCUUGUUUCUAUGCUACAUUGUGCCUCAUUGAGCAUCAGAAAGGAUCCUGAUUCGAGGCCUCGCAUGUCUCAGGUUCUGCGGAUGUUGGAGAGUGGCCACUCAAACUCAAUGGGUUAAUUUAAAGGCUCUAGAUCCUGAACAAUACUUCAGCAGAAGUCCUUGGCAAAGUAAAUACCUUGUUCAGCUCUGAAUUCACUUCGGACAUGCACUGGAAGUUCUGUGCAAAUGAUGAACUAGUGCUAAGAAGCUGAAGAAAUUUUGUUUGAAGCACCUCAGAAUGACUAUUAGUGCGAGUUCAACUCACAAUGUCUGCAAACAUGCAGCAAUCUCCAUGCAGAGCCACACAGAAGAUGGAGACUUCAUGCCAGAUUUCUAUGUUUUUUUAGUAGUGAUAUCUAAUCUUCCUUAUCUACCUCUUUCAUACAAAGCGCGUUUGUAAACUAGUAGAGCCCAUAUGUGAUAUACUGUGGCACUGUGCUGUAUAGGGUCAUGCAGGCAAAUUGAAGGUGUACAGAUUUAAUAAAGCAAUCAUGCACACAUAUUCUUGUAUUAUUUCAUUACUCAUUCCUUAAUAAUAUAAAGAUCCCUAAGGGGACUACUUUGCUUAAUUUUGUAGGAUAA